AUGGAAUGGCCUGUCGAGAUUCCAUAUUUUGCUUCAGACUUGCCCUGCCCUCUCCCAAGCAAUGCAGAAAUCGAGGAAGCACCCGAGUCUGUGGACCACAACGGAUACAAGGUGGUGAGAGUGGGAGACAGCUAUGUUGUGAAAUAUGGCCACAGCGUCCAGCUCGAUCUCAUCGAGGGAGAGAACAUGAUCUUCAUAAGACACGCGACGAGAAUCAGAGUCCCAAAGGUCUACGCCCUUUAUACCGUGCCUGAAACCUCCAUGAACUAUAUCGUGAUGGAAUACAUCGAGGGCAAACCCUUAGACACACAAUGGAAAUCACUCUCGGAUAGAGAAAAAGAGGGGAUAAUGUCAACUCUCAAGCAGUAUUUUACAGAGAUACGCAAACUUCCCUCGCCAGGUUACUUUGGCUCCUUGUGUCGACGCCGUAUGCCGGGUGGAAUGUUUUGGACUUCAAAGCCAAACCCGGCCAUUAACGGACCAUUCAAGACCGAGGCUGACUUGAAUGAAGCGAUGGCACUCAAAUAUGUCGCUGAAUCUGAAUACCGGUCAGUGUAUCGGGCAGAGUUCUACCGCCGCUCUCUCUCAAACGUGUUUCGAGGCCACGAAUCGACAUUCACACAUGGGGAUUUUCAACGGAAAAAUGUGAUUAUCAGGAGUCAACCUUGCAACCCUUCUAGUGAUGGCACCGACUCUGGAGAGAAGACGCAUGAGGUCACGCUCAUUGAUUGGGAGACAUCGGGAUGGUACCCAAGUUACUGGGAGUAUUCUAUGGCGGCAUUAGCUACAAGAUGGGAUGAUGAUUGGGGCGACUGGUUGGUUCGUACGAUAGAACCAUUCGAUGCUGAGUUUCCAUGGCUACGGAUGUUAUAUCUAGAGCUGUGGUCAUAA